GGCCCACCGCUCACAAAAGUACUUCUUCCACCAUCGCGCUGCUUCUUCCGCUUCUCGUCCAAUUCCCACUUCCGCCAGAGCACACACGCGCCUCGAACAAGCUCCGGCACCGCUGGUCCGAGAUAUUUUAAAAGCUCCAGAAGCUCUGUACCUGCGCACGAACUCACCACUUGCCUCCUGACUGCACCUGGAACCGCAUUCACUUCUGCUGUAGCACCGAAGCUGCGGCAAGACCAGAGCUCAUACAGCACCCAAACAACUGCUUGAGCCAUGUCCGAGGGCACGGAGCAGCCACCAAAUGGCAUCCCAGAGUCGCACUCUGCGGAAACAUACCAUGUCCCGGAGGCUUUCUUGAAGAAGCACCCAAAGCAACCUCACAUUGGAUCUCUCGAUGAGUACAAGAAAAUGUACCAGGAAUCCAUUGAGAACCCCGACCAAUUCUGGGGCAAGCUUGCACGCGAGCUUUUGACUUGGGAACGGGAUUUCCAGACAGUACACUCUGGCUCUCUCACAAACGGUGACAACGCCUGGUUCACAGAGGGCAGACUCAAUGCAUCCUACAACUGCGUCGAUCGUCAUGCACACAAGAAUCCAGACAAGCCAGCUAUCAUCUACGAAGCUGAUGAGAAGGGAGAAGGCCGAACCAUCACCUACGGAGAGCUUCUCCGAGAAGUCUCGAGGCUCUCGUGGGUCCUCAAGCAGAUGGGCGUCAAGAAGGGUGACACAGUUGCACUUUACCUUCCCAUGAUUCCCGAAGCAGUCAUCGCUUUCCUCGCAUGUACCCGUAUCGGAGCCGUUCACUCUGUCGUCUUUGCUGGCUUCAGUUCCGAUUCUCUCCGAGACCGCAUUAUCGAUGCCGAGUCCAAAGUGGUCAUCACCACAGACGAGGGCAAGCGUGGAGGCAAGCUGAUCGGCACAAAGAAGAUUGUGGACGAGGCUCUCAAGCAAUGCCCAGAUGUCACACACUGCUUGGUAUACCAACGUACUGGUGCCGAAGUUCCAUGGACCAAGGGUAGAGAUCUGUGGUGGCACGAGGAGAUGGAGAAGUGGCCAGCGUACUAUGCACCAGAGAGUAUGAACGCUGAAGACCCACUCUUCUUGCUCUAUACAUCUGGUUCUACUGGCAAGCCAAAGGGUGUCAUGCACACUACUGGCGGAUACCUUGUGGGAGCAGCAGCAACUGGCAAGUACGUUUUCGACAUUCACGAUUCGGAUAUAUUCUUCUGCGGAGGUGAUGUGGGUUGGAUCACAGGACAUACCUACGUCGUCUACUCACCUCUGGUUCUUGGCGUUGCUACUGUUGUGUUCGAAGGUACUCCAGCGUACCCAGAUUUCAGCAGAUAUUGGGAUGUCUGCGAGAAGCACCAAGUCACGCAGUUCUACGUGGCCCCAACUGCUCUGCGUCUGCUCAAGCGAGCAGGUGACGAGCACGUCAAGCAGCAGAUGAAGUCGCUCCGUGUUCUGGGAUCUGUCGGAGAGCCAAUUGCCGCAGAAGUCUGGAAGUGGUACCACGAGAUUGUCGGCAAGAAGGAAGCACAUAUCGUUGACACGUACUGGCAAACCGAAACCGGUUCCCACGUAAUCACCCCUCUCGGCGGCGUAACCCCCACCAAACCCGGCUCCGCCUCCCUCCCCUUCUUCGGCAUCGAACCCGCCCUCAUCGACCCCGUCUCGGGCGAAGAAAUCUCCGGAAACGACAAAGAAGGCGUGCUAGCCUUCAAACAAGCCUGGCCAUCCAUGGCCCGCACAGUCUGGGGCGCUCACAAGAGAUACAUGGACACAUACCUCAACGUCUACAAAGGCUACUAUUUCACCGGCGACGGAGCAGCCCGCGAUAAAGAAGGUUACUACUGGAUCCGAGGCCGCGUCGACGACGUCGUCAACGUCUCCGGCCAUCGUCUUUCCACCGCAGAAAUCGAAGCUGCUCUCAUCGAACAUAACGCUGUCGGUGAAGCUGCCGUCGUUGGUAUCAACGAUGAACUCACCGGCCAAGCUGUCAACGCUUUUGUUUCCAUCAAAGACGGAAACGAAGUCAACGAUCAACUCAAGAAAGAUCUCGUCCUCCAAGUCCGAAAAUCUAUUGGACCUUUUGCUGCUCCGAAGGCAGUUUUUAUUAUUCCGGAUCUGCCCAAAACGCGUUCGGGUAAGAUUAUGCGACGUAUUUUGAGGAAGAUUUUGGCUGGGGAGGAGGAUCAGUUGGGUGAUACUUCGACGCUUGCGGAUCCGAGUGUCGUGGAUAAGAUUAUUGAGAAUGUGAAGGAGAAUAAGCCAAAGGAUAAGAAGUAAAGGUGGUGGUGUGAAGGUCAUGAAUUGAUGAUGACGAUGAUGUUUGAUGAAGGCUGAUAUGGACUGAUGGGAUAUCCAAGUAUUUCUUGACAGUUCAUCUCUUUUCUCUUCUCUUCGAGAGAGCGCGUUGGCGAUAUCCGAUACCUUUUGCUGGUCUUCGAAUCUUUAUCUCUCUAGAUACGUACUCUAUCUAUACGGCGUGACAUUUCAUCAACUUCAUCAAAAGAUUCCAACAAACAC